AAGCUUCAAUGAAAGCUCGAUGCUCUGGAUCAAGCUGCCGGUCCAUAUUUGAUGGAAACUUGCCCACUUUGCCUUACUGCUAUCGCAUGACUCAGACUUCCGCCAAGAUUUCGCCUUCCACGCCCUCAAAACCAUAUGCGCUGAUAUGAGCAGCCUUCCCAACACAACACAAUAACCAUGAGACCCAUAUUACUCUCCGGCCACGAGCGCGCGCUCACGCAAGUCAAAUUUAGCAAAGAGGGUGACUUCAUCUUCUCCGUCAGCAAAGACCACAAUGUCUGCGCGUGGUACAGUGCGAACGGCGAGCGCUUUGGCAUGUACAAAGGCCACCAAGGCGCUCUCUGGUCCGUUGACGUCGACCCUACCACCACCUUCCUCGCUACUGGAGGCGCAGAUAACACCAUGCGGUUAUGGGAGGUCAAGACUGGCAAACAAUUGAAGCAGUGGGAGUUCCCCACCAGCAUACGGAGAGUCGAGUUCAGCGAAGACGGGAAACUUCUGUUAGGCGUUACGGAAAAGCGAACAGGGCAACUGAGCAACAUCUACGUCUAUGACAUCGCGCAGGACGUGAAUGCAGAACAGUCCGACGAGCCGACCUUACGGAUCGUAGUGGACGAGCUUCCUCGAGUGACCGUCGCCGGCUUCUCCUACCUCAACCGCUACAUCAUCACCGGACACGAAAACGGCUGCGUGGCGCAAUGGGAUGCCAAGACCGGUGAGAUGAUCGCUGACGAGUACCCGCACGAAGACGGCGCGUCUGUCACGGAUCUCCAGUGGAGCGCAGACCGAACGUACUUCAUUACCUCCUCAAAGGACAAAACGGCCAAACUGCAAGACGCUCGGACCCUAAAGGUCCUACACACCUACGUGGCAGAUACACCUCUCAACUCUGCCGCAAUAACGCCCGAACCAACCAACUACGUGAUCCUUGGCGGUGGACAAGCAGCCAUGGACGUCACGACAACCUCCGCACGACAAGGUAAAUUCGAGGCGCGAUUCUACCACAAGAUCUUCGAGGAGGAAGUGGGCCGAGUGCGUGGACACUUCGGACCUCUCAAUUACGUCGCUGUAAGUCCGGAUGGGAAGUGCUACUGCUCCGGUGGCGAGGACGGAUACGUUCGGGUGCACCAUUUCGAUCCGCCAUACUUUGAUUUCAAGUACGAGGUGGAACGGGAGAUGCAGGGGCAUAUGAACCGACGGAUGGAACAGGAACUCUAAGGCGGUCUUCAGGUUGGGAUUGCGAGGGUGGCAUAGCAUGGUGUUUGGGCGCUUAGAGGCCGUUUGCAAGCAAGCUGUGGACUUGUUGCGUUUGCUGUCUUGCGCAACUUAUGUGACACGCUGCACGAAACACUCAUGCCACGCCUGUGAAGUGGUCUGACAUACACCAUCGACAGGAUUUCAAUGCAGACUCGUUGCUCAUGAUCGUAGAGUAUUCACGUCAUG